UCUGUGGGAAGCUAGCUGCGAUGUUGUUGUCGGUCGUGGACGAAGAGUAAACAGCGUUGAUCUCGGACUGCGCGACGAGUGGAGCCGCCGCCGCCGCCGCCUCGUCUGUCCUUCGCGGCCUCGGGGGCGAGUCUGGCAGACGGAGCUCGAGCUCCACCCGGAACUUCAGACUCGGGCUUCCCCCGCUCACCAGAACUCCUGCGGUGGACUUCACACAACUUGUCAACAGCGGCUCGAUCUGGGACCGGGGUCGUGGCCCGCGCUCUGGACCUGAUCCGCGCACAGGCGGCCGCAGCCAGCGAGUGAGAAGAGGCUGGCUGACUCGUCGGUGUCUUGGGACUCGGGAAUGUGGCUCAGUCCGCUCCACUCAAGCACUUGGAACUCGUGCCACACACAGAUGGAUGUUGAGUGAACCUGUCCCCUCUCGGGUUGUCGUGCAGCAUGCAACCUUUUGAUCCGGUGGAAACAUGAUGGCCACGUGACAGCAAGUGAGUCGCUCACCCAGGCCGGGACCAUGGAUGGGUUCCAGCGCGGUGCCUCCGAGCAGCAAGGUGGAGUGAACGGCUACUGCAAGGCCAGCCCCCCUCAGGCCUGUGCUGACGCCAGAUGGAGCCCCAGUGAUGUGGAGUCACAGGGAUCAGACAGCGGGGGCGGCACCAGUGUGUCGGAGCUGACGGACCUGCAGGACCCUAAGUCCCGAGAAAGUGACGACUGUGAGGAGAAAGAGGAAACUCCAGCCUCGAGAAUUCUGAGAUGUCCCAAGAAGAGACGCGAGCAGGACAGUCAGGACCAAGCAAAGAGCUGUCAGAAGAGUCAAGUUUCCACCAGCUGCACAGGUGAGCGUCCAGCUCUGUACUGCACAAGAGAAGGGAAGGCGUGUCACAACACUUCUGCUUCCUCAGACCUGUCCAACACAUCAUCGUCCUCCCUGUCGGAGCAACUCUGCCUCGGGGGCCGGGAAGACAGCAGCGCAUCGGGGAUCAGUGUGGAGUGUAAGAUCUGUGGAGACAACGCCUCUGGCUUCCACUACGGCGUCCACGCGUGCGAGGGCUGUAAGGGCUUCUUCAGACGUACUGUACGCAUGAAACUGGACUAUGAGCGCUGUGAGCGUUCGUGCAAGAUCCAGAAGAAGAAUCGCAAUAAGUGCCAGUAUUGUCGCUUCCAAAAGUGCCUGUCUUUGGGAAUGUCUCAUGACGCAAUACGAUACGGACGGAUGCCGGAGGCUGAGAGGAAGAAGCUGGUGGCUGGACUGCUGGCAGAGGAACGAACCCUUGGCAAACCUGGGGGUUCUGACCUCAAGACCUUGGCGAAGCAGGUCAACGCGGCGUAUUUGAAGAACCUCAGCAUGACCAAGAGAAGAGCUCGCAGCAUUCUUUCGGGCAAAACCAACAGCACUUCGCCGUUUGUCAUCUAUGACGUGGACACCUUGUGGAAGGCGGAGAGUGGCCUGGUCUGGAGCCAGCUCGUACCUGGAGCGCCCCUCACCAAAGAGAUCGGAGUCCAUGUUUUCUACCGCUGCCAGUGCACAACGGUUGAGACGGUGAGAGAGCUGACGGAGUUUGCCAAGAGCAUUCCAGGGUUUGUGGACCUUUUCCUCAACGACCAGGUGACCUUGCUGAAGUAUGGUGUCCAUGAAGCCAUCUUUGCCAUGUUGCCGUCUCUCAUGAACAAAGACGGUCUUCUGGUGGCCAACGGCAAGGGAUUUGUGACCAGAGAGUUCCUUCGCAGCUUAAGAAAGCCCUUCAGUGAGAUCAUGGAGCCCAAGUUCGAGUUUGCCGUCAAGUUCAACGCGCUGGAGCUGGACGACAGUGACCUGGCCCUCUUUGUGGCUGCCAUUAUUUUGUGUGGAGAUCGUCCCGGGUUAAUGAAUGUGAAGCAGGUGGAGCAGCGUCAGGACAGCAUCCUGCAAGCUCUGGACCUCCAUCUCCAAGCAAACCACUCAGACUCUGUCUACCUCUUCCCCAAGUUGCUGCAGAAGAUGGCCGAUCUCCGUCAGCUGGUCACAGAAAACGCUCAGCUGGUCCAGAAGAUCAAGAAAACAGAAUCUGAGACGUCACUACACCCACUUCUGCAGGAGAUUUACAAGGACAUGUACUAGCGCCGGGGGGGGUCCCUGCUCACUGUUACGAGAGUGUUUGUCGAUCCGUGCAACGCAGCGGCGCCAAGCUUGGGUUUGGGAGACAAUCGCGACCAUUUUCUCACGGAGAUGUGUUACCAUUGUGUUUGUUCAGAACUGACCUCAGAUCAGCGUUCUG